GCUGGCUUCCGAGCUCGAGGGGCUCCGCUCGUCGCUGAACUUUGCUUCACGCCCUUGCCUAUCUACCCCCGCCGUGCCAACUGCCAAAAUCUAGCGAGGAUACAAAACCUCCGCGCGUGGACUUCUAUGUGCGAAGGGAGGAAUCCCUGCUUCCAAACACAGAGGUGACGCCGUCCGCCGAUCUUUUAUCGCGGCGACUUGACUUGGACGCGCGGUACCACAUCAAGUGAAGAGGAAUUGUGGAAAGAAUGCCGCAAGCCACGAACAGCUGCAACCAUAACUCCUUCUCUGGGCUACGUUGCCUCGGCACUCGCAAGUUGGCAGCACUCAGCACGACAGCAGGGCCUCGACAGGCGGAAAGCUCUGCUGGUCUCAUGCUCGCGAUCUUCUUCGUUACGACGUCGCGACAUGCCAUCCAGUGAUGUUGCCAAUGCCUGUUGCCGGCCCGGCUCUUCCCCCGCGAGCUUCUGCCCUAACCUCCAAGAAAACUGAAUCGCCUCAAAGUUGACUUGGACUUACUAUGAAGGGCCAGCGCGCGAACGAACGAGGUGAGCCAAGUGCAAACCGUCAAGCGUCGAUCUUGUCUCGCCCAGACCACACAAAGCUCAAAAAGCACCGAGAGAGCGGAACAGAUCUCCAGGUCUCGACAGCCCAGACCGCGACGCCGAGGUAAGUUCCUCUAUAGACUGCUGUGCAUGCCAUUUACACGCCACCGCUCUUCCGCCUGUGCUGCAUGUUUUGCGGCUGCUGCCGCGCUGAAUUUGCAACACGCGCCAGCUGGGCGCGGUUGGUGUGUGUGUUUGGGUUUGCGGUUGCAGGCGGCGCAUGAGGAAGUGGAUCCAUCCAUUCCUCCAUCCCGCUCGCAUCCGUUCUCAGUCACUCCAAGACUCUCCAAGAUCGGCGUUCUCACUCCGACUUUGCUUUGUUGCAGCCGACUCAGCACUCGACGAUCCCUCUGACGUUUCAUACGGCUCUUCACCGACGUGACCGCCGUUAGUGACACGCACAUCAACGGCCGAGGUAGUAUAUAUAUAGCCACCGGCCUCGAACACACAACGUGCCAGUAUGGACCGCGUCAAGAGAGAAGCCUACGGCGACGAAAGCUACAGACGACAUGAACACGAUGGGCCAUUGAAAAAGGAAUCAGAACCGUGGCGUGGAUCCUCUGGCUUCGGCCUCGCCAAUAUCCUCAACCGCAGUAGCUCCGGUAGCGCCUCCAACAGCGCCAUGCCCAAGUUCAGCCUCCCGUCGCUCCACAGCUUCGGCAAGCCGCUUCUCACCAAGCCCGAGGUGUCAAUGGUUCCACAGAACUACGAGGAAGAGAACCAGUACAUCUCCACUCGCCACCAACACCAACAGCUUAGCGCUGACUCGUCUCCAGCUCGACAGACGUCACCGUCGCCCAACUCACGCCGUAUUGCACCGGCACCUGCUGACGAAGAAGAGGCGGACCAAGAGGCUGAAAAUACGGCAACAUCCACACGCGGCGGCAACAUCAACCAGCCGAUCCGCGGUGGACGCUGGACAGCGGACGAGCACGAGCGCUUCUUAGAGGGAUUCCGCAUCCACGGUCACAAGUGGAAACGUGUGCAGCAAGUGGUCCGCACACGUUCGGUGACCCAGGUGCGCACACAUGCCCAGAAGUACCUGCUCAAGGUGGCCAAGCUCAAAGCAGAAAAGAAACAGAGUGGCAAGGUCCCCGAAAUGGCGACUCUGGCUGCUGAGACGCAUUCUGGAUCCACAGCAGGAGACUCCGUUGAUGGCAGUAACACGGCUCCCUCUACUCCAGAACACGGUGCCGUCCAAGACAGUCCACGCAAGACCCCACGAAAGAAAGUGCGGCGUCUGGAUCCGGGUAACUGUGAUCCCGUGGACCAAGAGUACAUCGCCGCUGCCGCCACAACAUUGUGUUUCCUCAUGAGUCAGAAGAUCGACUCAUUAUUCGACACGAGACACGAACCACAGACGGAAGACAAAUCGGACUAUGAGCCCUACGACUGCUACGCACCACAGACGGCAAGACAACCGGACACCGACCGUAGUGGGUCCCGCAAGCGGUCGUACAUGCACUUUAUCACGGAUCAGCAGGAUGACUACUCGUCGUCCUAUGAUACCGCUCCCCACGGCGAGCCUUCGUCGUACACAAUUGAAGGCAGCAAGCUUUGCUCGUAAACAGCGAGCGAGCCACAUUCAAGCGUCAGCCAGUUGGAAGGAGAAUCAUCAUGAUUGCCAUUGCACACAGCCUGCUGAAGCUUGCGCGAAUGUAUAUAUCUUAUGUAUAUAUGGAGAUAUCCUCGACCACGCGUGGCAGGAGACAAGUUGAUGAGUGAGGCAGGGAAGAUUAGCCGGAUUGGGCAAGCCCACCAGCAUUUGUAAGUUAGUUGCUAUAGUAUAUAGAUCCCCGCCAAGCCAGGGACGAUCGUCCACCGUGAACCAAGAGGAUCAGCUCCACCUUUUUAAAUUUACUUGUCCAUACUUAUUUGCUUUACUCA